AUGGUAGUAUUUGGGGUGGUGGUGUUCCUUCUGCUGCCCCAGGGGAUAUGCACGCUGGCUCCUCUUCCUCAAUGUUCUAUCAAAGAACCUGUUCCGAUUAUUCACAAAUAUUAUCAGUCGGGAGACCUCAUCAUUGCUGGCAUUAUUUCUCUGAUCUACAUAUUUUCAAGCACCAUAUCCUUUGGAAAACACCCGGCUCAGGAACUUUCUGAUGACCACAUGGUCCUGACCCAGAACUACCAGCACAUCCUGGCCUUGGCAUUUGCUGUGAAGGAGAUCAAUGCCGACCCCCGAAUCCUGCGCAAUGUCACCCUUGGAUUCCACAUCUAUAACAGUCACUUCAGUGCCAGCUGGACCUAUCAAGCCUCCAUAGAACUUCUCUGCAGAAGGGCCAAGUUCAUCCCGAACUACAAGUGUGAUGUUGAGAAUACUCCAGUAGCAUUCAUUGGGGGACCAAACUCUAAUGUCUGUCUUCACAUGGCAACUAUCCUGUGCAUGUACAAGAUGCCACAACUCAUAUACGGCUCUUCCCCAGUCAUGAAUAAAGAAACUCAGGCUGUUUUCUUCCACCGCAUGUUCCCAAAUGGUGCCUUUCAGUACAAGGGAAUUCUCCACUUACUUCUGCAUUUCUCGUGGACGUGGAUUGGAGUUGUUUCCCAGGAUGACGACAAUACAGAGAGCUUUAUAGAGAACAUACUUCCUCUGCUUUCCCAGGGUGGCAUCUGCUUUGACUUCAUAGAAAAAUUCCCCAAACUAACUUCUUCCAGUGGCUUUGGAGACAUGGUAGGAGAAGGCUUCAAGACACUCAAUGUUGCCAUAUCAAGUACUACCCAUGUUGUGCUUAUGCAUGGAGAAAUUCAGACCAUGGCGGUUUUGAGAGUCAUGCCCCAGGUUGCAGAAAUGGAGAAUAUGCCAUGGAGGACAAUGGCUAAAAUUUGGGUUAUGACAGCCCAGAUGGAUUUCACAUCAUUUCCCUUCCAAAGAAAUUGGGACAUAGAUUUACUCCAUGGUGCUUUGUCCCUUUCAAUUCAUUCGAAGGAGGUUCUACUUUUCCGCAAAUUUCUUCAGAACAGAAUCCCUGCUUCAGAAGAAGAAGAUGGCUUCAUCCGGGAGUUCUGGGAAGAAUCAUUUGACUGUUCAUUUCCCAGUUCUGCGGCACACAAGAUGGACAGGAAAAGGUGUUCUGGGAAUGAGAGGCUGGAGAUGCUUCCUGUUUCUGUGUUUGAAAUGGGCAUGACUGCUCAUAGUUACAGCAUCUACAAUGCUGUCAAUGCAAUAGUGCAUAGUUUGCAUGCCAGCUAUUUGUCACAAUUCAAAUACAAAGGAAUGCCACGUGGUGGAAGGUGGAAGCUUCAACAGUGGCAGACUUUCUUGAGGGUUAAAGUUGGAAAGAUAGACCCUCCGACUCUCCAAGAUAAGAAAGAUGUUGUGACCUCCCUGGACAACGUCUUCACCAUUCAUGAGGAUCUCAUCAUAUGGCCCAAACAAUUUAACCAGUCACAGCCGCUUUCCAUGUGUAAUGACCACUGCCAUCCGGGUUAUAGUAGGACCAAGAAAGAAGGGGAGCCAUUUUGCUGCUAUGAUUGCUUUCCAUGUCCAGAAAGGAAGAUCUCAAACCAGAAAGACAUGGAUGACUGUUUUCAAUGUCCAGGAGAUGAAUAUCCAAACAUUGCUCAGGAUACAUGCCUUCCGAAAACAAUAACCUUCCUUUCUCACAAAGAGGCUCUGGGGAUCAGCUUGGACACUUUUGCUCUCUCCUUGUCUUGCAUCACAGCUUUUGUGCUUGGCAUCUUUAUGAAGAACAAGGACACACCCAUAGUCAGAGCCAACAACAGGGGCCUCACCUACACUCUCCUCAUCGCCCUCCUGCUCUGCUUCCUUUCUGCUUUGCUGUUCAUUGGACAGCCAGAGGUUGUGACCUGCCUCCUUCGACAAAUACUUUUUAGCAUAAUCUUCUCCAUGGCAGUUUCUUGCGUAUUGGCCAAAACCACCAUUGUGGUUCUAGCUUUCAUGGCCACGAAGCCAGGGUCCAGGAUCAGGAAAUGGGUGGGGAAACAAUUAGCCAUCUCCAUAGUCCUUUCCUGCACCCUGAUUCAAGCCACAAUAUGUAGUGUGUGGCUGGCAACCACUCCCCCAUUCCCAGACUUGGACAUACACUCAAUGCCAAAAGAAAUUGUGCUUGAAUGCAAUGAAGGGUCGGCUAUCAUGUUUAACUGUGUGUUGGGCUUCAUGUGUCUCCUAGCCAUUGUCAGCUUCAUGGUGGCCCUCUUAGCUAGGAAAUUGCCAGACAGUUUCAAUGAAGCCAAGUUCAUCACCUUCAGCAUGUUGAUCUUUUGCAUGGUAUGGCUGUCCUUUGUUCCCACGUAUCUGAGUACCAAGGGGAAGUACAUGGUGGCUGUGGAGAUCUUCUCCAUUUUGUCCUCCAGUUUUGGGUUACUGAGCUGCAUCUUUUCCCCAAAAUGCUAUGUCAUUUUACUCAGACCUGAUCUGAAUAGCAAAGAGCAGCUGAGCAUAAGAAAGAAUUAA